UUCUGUUAUCUAUCGUGAAGACGUCGCUUCUCUUCUUAGAUGACUGCUGUUGGACGUGAUCCACACCAUGCAUGCAUGCACUGCUCAUGCAGCUGAUUUUGAACAAAUGAGAGCGCUCUAAAAGUGCUGAACUCGAAAGUGACGAUUACCUCAAAACCGCCUCCAUGCCGGAGAUCGAGACUAUAUUAGAGCGACUAAGCAUCCGACUUAAGUUUCUAAAAUUGACAGAUUGUUGCUUAAGGCGUCUACUUGAUUGAUCUUUUAGUCAAAAGAUAAAUAUUCGGCUUUGCAUCCGGAGAAGAAUUAAUUUGAUUAAACCGAUAUCAUUUAAUCGUUGGCCAUAGCGCUGUUUUUCGGAUGAGAAUACUAACAUUUCAGCUGAAAAUGUUAAGUUUUGUUUUCUUCCUAAAUGUCUGUGUCAUUCAAGUACAUCGGGUUGAAUCGCGUACCACGCAUCGAGAUAAGUACUUGGUCGGUCCAGUUAUCGAAAGACUUAACGCUGGGGAUUGGAUGCAAUGCCUCAUUGCUUGUACAACAUCUGACGAUUGCGUUUCUUACAACUUCGAGCCAAGAUCUGGAACGUGCGAACACCUCAGCGAGGGACUAGAUUUGGGGAGGAACUGUCAUGGAAGAAAGUUUCUCGUGCGCUCCCAAGGAUGGAUUUUUCAUCAGAUCACUGACACGUUCUGGUCACCAUGGAACCAGUGGAGUAACUGCGGGUGCAUUGAAGGUGAUCGAAAGCAAAAGCGCAACCGAACGUGUAUUUCCUCCAGCAAUGGCGAAUGUAGUGGGGAAAGGAGUGAGACCAAGCCAUGUUAUGAUCCUACUCUUCCCUGUGGAUCAGCAUCAGGCUGAGGAUGACAAAAUAAAUGAGGGCGAUACGAACUGCCACUGACUAUCACUUGCACUGGACAUCAGCCUUCCCUGUAUUACCCUAGGUUGUAGUUUGAUUUACCCUCUCUUGCGCUGUAUACAAAAUCAAUAAGAAAAAUUCAAGCAAAAUUAGUUGAAUUUUUGUUGGCAUAGUUACAGGACGGAUUCUUGUAGUAACAGACUCUUGCUACAGAUAUUAAUGCACUGAUUAUGAUAACUACGUUGUGUAUUUCAGUCAUAUCAAUUGUCACAAAUCAUGCACAAUAUGCCUUUCAUUAGGGUGGUAAAGAUAACCAACUUGGAACUGCAAAAGACUGCAGUUCCAUAUACAUUAAUGUCCAUGAGCGUUUUAAAAAAAUUCUUGUAGAAUAAAGGCAACGAAAAGACAUUGGCUGUUUUGACGUUAGAGACGGACAAUCCGUUUUGGAUAAAUUACCCGUUUUGAUGUGAACAAUUAACGGAUAGAAACUGCGAAUUUCUUUGAUGCUCAUAAGACAGCUAAAGCAGCUCAGGCGUGGUGAUCAAUCCUUUUCAAUGACGGUCGACGCGUACUUUCUCAUGUAAAACCGUUUUCUUGUAAGGCCUUUUACCGUCUUCUCAGCCUGCUCUAAACUUCGAAGUUUUUAUUUCUCCUCCUUUUUCAGUCCCUUCUCGGCGGCCCCCUUUUCGUUUAAAAUGGUUAAAUACACGCAUGUCAAUUAUGCUAUUUCUUGAAAAUACGUAACAAGACUUUAAGUAACAUGCAUUUUAGGGUCUAUUUGUGAUUGAGCAACCUCUCGGCAAAAGAGAUUGGAAACGAAACAUUACAUGCACUGAGUUUGCGCAAAACAGCUCUUCAACAAACGUGUCGCCGCACUGUUGUAACACGGCAAUAAAAAAAAUAUUGUUUGGCUGUACAGGUGCCGGCUUAGCCGUUGGAGGUGCUUACUUUUUAUAUGAGAGAUGGCAGAAGUGCCAAGAGAAAAACAAUGAGGUAUGUAAAACCUAAGUUAAUAAGGGAGAAGUAGAACGGAACUUUUGGCUACAACAUUUAUUUAGGAAGAGGGAAGUCCAAUUACGAAUUGAAAAGUACAGAGAGACCGAGGAAAAGGGAGAAUAUUAUAUGUAAUUAAUGGCGAAAUCUUGUGAUAUUCAGUGGACUUGGGCAAUCUUUUCCUCUCUUAGCUCUUUUAGCUCAAUUCUAAGGCCGCGCGCGCUACGAACAAAUUGAAACUCGUAAACUACAGCUUUAAAAUUAUUACAGUUUUAUUGGCUUAAAAUGAGUAAAAAUGUAAUACAAUUCAUUC